AUGGCCACCAAAUCGUCGUCAGCGUCCUUCCUGUUCGAGGUGCGGUCCCUGUCGGCUGCCCGACCCGUGCGCAGCGUCAAGAGUGCCUCGUCUGCGCUCCGCCCAGUGCCUGCGUUUUCCAUCGAGUCCCUGCAGAAGAAUACCUACGUCAUGGCGCCACCGAAGACCCAGAAACAGCGCUACAUGAUCCAGCCGAAGGCCACCUCCUUCCGGAUGUACUACGAGCGGGGCGAUCUGCCGAUCAAGAUGGAGUACCUGACCGGGGGCGACAAGAUCGCCUGGACCGUGGACAUCGACAAGCUCGACUACGGCCUGUACCUGCCGCUGUUCUUCGACGGCCUCUCGGAGACGCGCCACCCGUACAAAACGUACGCCCGGCAGGGUGUCCAGGACCUGCUGGCCCACGGUGGCGACAAGAUCUAUCCCGUCAUUCCGCAGCUAAUUAUCCCCAUCAAGAAUGCGCUCAACACGCGCAACAUGGAAGUUAUGUGCGUCACGCUCAAAAUCAUCCAGCAGCUCGUGAUGUCGUCCGAUUUGAUAGGGCCGGCCCUGGUACCGUUCUACCGCCAGCUGCUGCCAAUGUUUAACGCGUACAAGGUGAAGAACAUUAACUCCGGUGACGCCAUCGAUUACGGCCAGAAGAACAACAUGAACGUGGGCGACCUGAUUGACGAGACGCUCCAGGUGCUGGAACGCCACGGGGGCGAGGACGCGUUCAUCAACAUCAAGUACAUGGUCCCGACGUACGAGUCCUGCUACCUGAACUGA